AUGAUAAAGAAGUUGACAAAGGGGAUCGAAGAGGCGACUCGAGAGAAAGAAAGGCUUGAGGGUGAGAAGGAAAAGCUGAUGAGCGUUUUUAAAGCUAUAGAACAGAAAGCAUUUGCGAUCCAAGAGACGUAUAAAGAAACGCAGAAGUUGAUUGAUGAACAUAAAGACCUGCUGGCUGGAGCAAAGUCCAGUUUUGAGAAGCUGAAAAAGUCUGUGGACGAGUUGAAGGCAUCUAGGCCAAGCAGCAGCAGGAGCUCCUCCGACGAGGACGAGACCACCACCUCUUGUUCCGCCGCCACAGUCUUUUGUUGUUCAAAACGAUGUGAAAAAACCAUCCCUUUCGGAGCUUCCUCCGAAACAGUCCGACAAGGUUCUUUCAAAUUGAACAAAGAGAUAGUGGAGACUCUGUUCAUGUCAAACUCUACAGAUCCAAACAUCAAACAGAGAGGUCUAAGCUGUGAUCUUCCGAUUCAGAACCAAGAAAGCAAAGUUUUAGAUCCGAGAAAGGCUCAGAAGAUUGAUACUCUGCUUCAACUACUUGCCUCAACUACAAAGGAUGUUUGUGAUAGGAGCGGUUAA